AUGCCACGGGAAGGCAACCGAGGGAGGUUGCGCUCGCACGAGGCCUGUCUAAACUGCAGGCGAAAGAAGACUCGUUGCCCUGCUGAAAAACCGGCGUGCUCGAGUUGUGUUCGCUUGAAUCAAGAAUGUCACUACACCCCCGUGACAAGGGGUUCACGAAAUGGACCCUCGGCCGAUCGACUGGCAUAUUUGGAGGAGAAAGUGAAUCUCAUCUUGAGUGGCGGAAGAUCAUUAUCACAAGAUCAAGGCCCAAACCGAGGUGGGAACAAUGAGAAUCAAGACACCACAUAUUCCACCGGCUCGUGUGACUCUUCUGCCGACUGUGGAUCCGGCCUGAACGACCCGUUUCUGUUGGGCUUGGGAUUCGAGAACUCCAAAAUCAGCCCCUCCUCACGAGUUUCGCAGGCCGUGGACCUGUACUUCCAGUACUGUCACCGACAACCGAUCUGGUGCUUUGAUCGCGAAGAGGUGAAGGAUACCAGCUACAUCUCGGAGGAGCUGGUAUGCAGUAUUUUGACGUUAACGGCACGGUUCUCCACGGAGCGCGAGGAACUGCUGCAUUAUGGCGAUAGUGCGCGAACGCUGGUGAUGCUUCGAAUCGCCAACGGUACGGUAGAGCUGGAGACAAUUGAGAGCCUAUGUCUUCUCUCCUACUCUUCUUUCCUGGAUGGGAACAAUCACCUGGCACGCUUUCAUCUUGGCCUGGCUCUUCAACUCUGUCGCUCAGCAAUGCUGGAUCUUCACUCGACAUACAGCAUCGACUGCCCAUCGGCCGAGCGCAAGAAACGGCUUUUCUGGAGUCUGCAGUGCCUGGAACAAACAUAUGGCCAGAUUCACGAUGUAUUAGGUGUACCUGCAGAGGUGCUCAGGUCCUUCUACGUCUCAUCCCAUGACGAUCUCGGCCUUUUCAGAGACCUCGAUACCAGGCCACCGCCCUUACCCUUUGAUGAGGUGGGCUGUACGACGUCGUCUGAUCUCGGCAUCUGGAGCCUUGCGCUGCACUUCGGAUGGGUAUGGAGCCGCGUACGAUCAUACGUCUUUGAUUGCGCUCAGAAUCGGCUCAAAGAGCCAUGGAGGCAUGACUCCCUUUACACGAUGGUGCUCUCCGAUGUCACCGAGCUGGAGAACAAACUGUCUCUUUGUCAUCGAUAUGACUCGGUGAAAUUUUACGAACGAAGGGCGGAGGAAGUUAGGGCUAACAGGGCCUACUGGGCUCCCUGGCUCAAGUUCCAAUUUACGUAUCACUCCAUUCUCACCGUCCUCAAUCAUCCUUUCCUCUACAUCGUUGCGUCUCAAUACAACCACAAGUUGACCAUACCCAAUACUUUCUGGAGACGAUCAUCUGAACUGGUUCUCCUCCAUGCCACUUGGAUCGUUCGGUUGAUUGACAUGGUAUCCGAGAAAAAGCUGCGGCUCAUCGAUCCCUUUUUCGGUCACGCUGCCGCGAUCGCCGCCACCGUGCAUCUCUACUACUGCUGCGCGGCCGAUCCACGGCUCAAGUUCAAAUCAAAAACCGAUUUCACAAAGUGCAGAAAGUUCUUGAAGACUUUCGUUUCUUUUUCCUCUGCGUGUGAAAAACUUAAUCAAACGCUUGACAAGAUGACACGAAUUGCGUCCGGCUCGGAGAAGGUUGACUUUGAUUGGGAGCCAUCAAAAAUUCUGCUCAGUAUCCCUCUGAUGUGGGAUCUGCUUCAGGUCAACUGCACACCAAGAUCGCCAGAGACAACCUCGGCGGGACUAUUGCACCCAUCAUUAAAUCCUGCGGGCGCACAAGAUGAGAUGGAAGAUAUAUCAUCCACACUCGAAAUCAUCGUGGCCAUGUCUCCCGAAAUCACCGUCAACACCACCGACGGUGGAUCUGCGGCGCAUCUACCGCCGAAGUUGCCCCAGCGCAAGAGAUCUGCGCCCGAUCCACCUACGACUAGAGAUAUGACAGAUACGCUGGUGGCUCCAGCCGAUAGCCUAAUGACCAAUACUCCAUGGCUAUGGACAGAGCCUCCUCAGUUCAUCGAUAUGGACACACUGGGUUACCCAGAGUCGGAAUCUACUAUGGCAACCAUCGACGGGUUCUCUACGUGGUGGGAUUAUGGAAACCUAUGA